AUGCAUUUCAGACUCGCUGACGAUUCAAUCAUAGAGCUCUCCCCCAACAACCGCGCCGGAUGUAACGACACCCAGUGCAAGAAGGCCGCCGCCAAAUGCCUGAAGGGCUCGCUGCGCUUCGGCACCUGGACUAUGAUUAUGGAUCAGGAGUCCUGGAAGUGGAAGCACUGGGGCUGCGUCUCUGGAGAACAACUCAAGCACGUCCAGGACGCUGUCCAGCGCGGCGGCGGUUACGACUUCGACGCCUUUGACGGUUAUGAUGAGCUUAACGACCACCCUGACCUCCAGCAGAAGAUUCGUGACGCCAUUAAGCAAGGCCACAUCGCUCCGGAGGACUUCAACGGUGACCCGUGGAUGAACAAGCCCGGCCAGCGCGGCAUUCGCGGCAAGAAGCCCAAGGACUGGGAUGACGGCGAGGAAGGUGCUGAGGCUAAUGGCGCUGCUCCCGCUCCCGCGGCUCCCGCCCCGGCCGCCAAUGGAAAGAAGCGCGGCCGCAAAUCCGCCGCCGCCGACGACGAUGAAGAGGAGGAGAAGCCCAAGGCCAAGCGCACCAAGAAGGCUGCUGCCAAGGUAGAGCCGAAGGAAGAGGACGAGGAGGAGGAGGAGAAGCCCAAGCCCAAGGCCACCACCAAGCGCGGCAAAGCCGCCGCCGCUGUCAAGACCGAGGACGACGCCGAGGAGGCUCCCAAGCCCAGAGCCAAGCGCGCUGCCAAGAAGGCCGCCGUCAAGGAGGAAUCCGAGGAUGAGCAGGAAGAGGAGCCCGCGCCCAAGCCCAAGCGCGGCGCGGCGAAGAAGGCCGCUCCCAAGAAGGCCGCGGCGAAGAUUGUCAAGUCCGAGGAGACCGAGGAGGAGCCCGAGGCCGACGAGCCUACCCCCGAAACUGAAGAGGAGGAGAAGCCCGCCCCAAAGAAGGCCGCGCCCAAGGGCCGGAAGAAGGCUGCCCCCGCCGAUGCUGCUGCCGAGAAGCCCAAGCGGAGCGCUCGCGCUCGCAAGUGA